CAGACGGAAGCCGACCUGGAUCAGAAAAAACGCUUUGAGAAAUGGCGGCUGCCGAAGACAGUAACUAUACGCAGAAUCCCAGCGGUUCAGAGGCUCCAAAACUGUCGGAUUUACUGGACCGGGGAUGGAAACUGUAUGAAGAAGUGGACAGCACGAAUGAACCGAGCAGCUCAAACGCGGUGCAGGUGAAAGUGAAACGUGGCAUCAUGCAGCUGGAGGAGGCGACGAGGAUGGUCAGUCAGCUGAACCUGUUCAGUCAUAAUGAGGCACUGGAGGAAAUGGCCACAGCUGAUGUGAAGUACCUUCUCUUGCCAGCUCUGCUGGGUGCUCUCACUAUGAAACAGGUGAAUCCCAGCAAGAGACUGGAACAUGUGCAGACAGCCCGUGCCUACUUCAUGGACUUCCUGCAGAGGUGCAAAGAAUAUGAAGUGUGCAGUUUUCAGCUGCCCAGAUCCAGUGAGAACAAAGCAGAUACUCCCACUGAGGAUCAGACAAAUCCAGUUGUCCCAAUGCCAACAUCACAGCCAGACCUUAUCGCCAUGGCAACACAAAGACAAGCCAAAAUUGAGAGGUUUAAUCAGCGUAAGGAGACUGAGGCCAAGUUGAGUGAGAUCAGAGGGCUGGUGGAAUCCGGCUCAGCCGAUGAAGAUGUGGUGAGAGAUUUUUACCUGCUGAAUGUGCGCAGAUGGAUCACACUAGCAGUGGAGGAGAUCAACUCCAUCGACCAGGAAAUAGAGAUACUGAAACGGAUGGAGGCUUUCAAGCAGAGCGUGCCCCAGCCUUCUACACCCAAAAGACCACCCAUAAAGCCUUUUAUCCUGACUAAGGAUGCUGUGCAGGCAAAAGUGUUUGGUGCAGGCUAUCCCAGCCUUGCCACCAUGACCGUGGAUGACUGGUAUGAGCAGCACCGGCGGAAGGGCUGUUUACCUGAUCAGGGUGUACCCCGCAGUGCAGCGGAUGGUAAUGCAGAGGAGGAUGAAAAAGCAGAAAGAGAGAGGAAGGAAGAGAAUGAUGAUAAAGAGGCGCUGCAGAAGGCACGUGACUGGGAUGAUUGGAAGGACACACACCGGAGAGGAUAUGGCAACCGCAAGAACAUGGGCUGACUUCACACACUCACACGACUCUUCUAUUUCCACAAAUAAACCUCUUUGAAUGCUGCCAAUAUGUGAAAUGGACACAACAAAAAUGGCACUGUUGUGUUUAUUUAAUUUGGUUACGUUUUAUUUUCUAAACCGAGUUUGCUUAUUUGACAUUCUUUUAUAUAAGCUAUUUAAUUCCUAAACUUUGGUGAGCUGUAAUGAGUCCGUAACCCCCUGGGGCAUCUAUAGAGAUAGAAAAUUUUAAAAGGUGGUUGUGUCGAUCUCUUUGCAUCUCGAUACUUCAUUCUUUCCUAUAUUAGUAAACGUUUGUCUUUUCAUGAAUGUUGUUUUGAGUUCCACAUUUCUGCUGUAAAUGAAUUCCAGUUUCAGUAUUUUUGGAUUAUCUACUAGAUGUUUUCCUUAUACUGUCAGUACUGUUAGCUAUUAGUGUCCGAAUCAGCCACUCAGAAGAUCGGUGUCACCCAUACAAUUACAAUCAUGUGGUGUUUGAUUUGGAGCUUGUUUAGAUUGCAUGUUUUUUAACUGUUAGCAAAUACUUGUAAGACUCAAUGUCUGUUUCAGGGUCCAGCAGAGACAUGUCCCGCAAGAUCAGCUGGAACCAAAACCAGCACUUGCUUGGACCCUGAAACUGGAUAAUGAGGUUCAAAAUGGCUGAAAAAACUGUGUGAAAAUUUUGAACAAAAUGUGUAGACUGCAUUUUCUUUUUAUUAUAUUACCACCUGGAACUUA